UGCUAAAUAUCUUCUUCCUCGUCUUCCGCGUGAUAACUAUCGACCAACGAGCAAAUUCCUGCUUCUAAAAUUAAGGGUUCUCCUCAGUCAUCCAAUUGCUUACUCUUUUGGUCUUCUAAGAGUUUCAAAGUUUCUUUUAAAUUGGCCACUAAAUCAUAAAGAGUGUCGCUGUCUCAGUGUUCUAAAUCUUGGUUCUUCUCAUCCUGGGCUUGCUCUUUGUUGGCGAAGUGAAUUAUCUGUCUUUCCCGACA